AUGAACCGCCGCGGGCACCUCUCCCACAAGGUUCCGAACGUCAAGCUGCGGCCAGCUCCUGCUGGUCGGUCCACUAGGAGGAGUGCUGCUGCAGAGUACGAGCCGGAGGAGCGACCGGCAUGGAGCGACGAGGAGGAGAAACCCAAGCUGGCCGCUCUCGUGAAGGAGCUAGGAGGCCAAGUCGAGAAUGCUCUCACCGUCAACGUGACUCAUGUCAUCGCGGCGGGUUUCGGCUCAGCCAAGUACAUGUAUGCUAUUGAGCACCGGUUACCUGUGCUUGCGCCUACAUGGGUUGAGGACGCACAUAGACAAUGGGUCUCUGGUGCUGAACUGGACGUGCCAGCUGUACGUUUCAGAAGAGUAUCCUCACUGACAUUUCAGAGUAUCGAGGCGCACCGUCUGCUGCCGUUCACUGGGCUCAAGAUUUCGAUCUCCGGCAUCGAUCAGCUGGACCACCGCAAAACCAUCAUCCGUUACAUCCAGCAGUUCGGCGGGACCUACUCGAAAGAUCUCGACCGCUCAUGCACGCACCUCGUGUCAGCCUUCCCUACCAGCGACCCCAAGGCGAAAGCGAGCGAGAAGGUCAAGUGGGCGAUGAAGGAGAUCGGCGACCGCGCCAUGGGCCGCCGGAAAGGCAGGAAGGUCGAAGGCGAGGAUAUCUGGAUCAUCUACGAACACUGGAUCUGGGACUGUGUCGGCUUCCGUGGCCGAUGGAAGGAGGACGCGUACGACGCUCGCAAGCCGAGAGGCCGGCCGAAGAUCAAGCUCGAGUCGGUGCUCGACGGAAGCUGCUUCGAGCCUCCUCCGGAAUUAGUGAAGGAGCAGGCGGAAGAGGACGAGCCGGUCGUUCUUAGAAAGAAGCGGAAACAAGAAGACAUGGGCAACCUCGUCAACGAGCUGCUCUCGACCACUGGGGUGCCUGUUAAAACAGAGGACAUGGAGGAGCAGGCGGAAGAGGACGAGCCGGUCGUUCUUAGAAAGAAGCGGAAACAAGAAGACAUGGGCAACCUCGUCAACGAGCUGCUCUCGACCACUGGGGUGCCUGUUAAAACAGAGGACAUGGAGGUGGACUCUCCGGGCGCAGAAUCUGAAACGAAACCCGAUCCGAUGUCACUUGCGCCCCGGACGUUUGAACGUAAGCCUUCACUUCUGCACGUCACCAAGUCCACGUCGUUCGCUGUUCCUGCUGCCAACGCUGGUCCGAGCAAGAUGCCCGUUGCCGAGGGAGAACGGUCUGGGUCGCCACCACAAUUCUUCGCCGAUAUGCGCUUCACCCACGUUAUCAGCGAAGGAUGCCAAGGGCUCGAGAACGCUUUGAAGCAGCAUGGAGGAACAGUUGUCUCCGAGGCUGAGUGGAGAGCAGGCGCUCUCGUCGACUAUGUCAUCGUGCGAUUGACCAAAGUCGACAUGCCUCCCGUACAGCCAGGGGAACCGACACCGGCACUGGUCACCGAGUGCUGGGUGGAGGGCUGCUGUUUCGAGCAACGACUGCUCGACCCCGACGCAACGCUUGUCUUCCGACCUCUGUCAGUUGACUGUCCAAUCCCUGGAGCGUCCAGCAUCCUCGUUCACAUCUCCGGUUUCCCAACGGAAACGACAGUGUAUCUGAAGCGGCUACUGAAGACCGUUGGAGGUGUUCUUUCUGAAAAGCUUAAUCGGAAAACGACUCAUCUGGUUUGCGCCGUCCCCGAGGGCCAGAAGUGGACGAAGGCGCAUGAGUGGGGAGUAACCUGCGUCAAGGACACCUGGUUGUGGAACAUGGGACGAACAGGCGUCAUCGACGACAUCACAAAGCACCUGCACGGCGCCGACAUGCCGAAUGGCAUCCCGCUGCCGACACCAUCAAGAUUAAGCGGCCGUGCUCACAGCGAGGGCGAGGCGCUGGGCAGCUCCGUGCCGAACCUGACCGCCGACGAGAUCGCGGGUUCGUCUUUAUCAUCACGUGUGCUUAAGAGCACGCCGACACACGUGGACAAGCCCGGCGGCAGUGCGGGCGCCCUCGUGGCCGACAGCACGAACGCGCUCCAGUCCCCCAAGGCAAGCACGGAACGGCUGCUGAAUAGAGCCCACACCGUUCCGGAGCCGCGCAGCAGCCCCAGCCGCAAGGGGGGUGCUUCACCCGUCGUCCCUUCCUCCACAGCUGGGGUGCUAGGCACUGUGUCGUCUCCCAGCGCACUCGGCUCCGGCAGCGACGUGACAGCGGCGCUCCGGCGCCUGGCAGAGGGACCUGAUGCGCCGACACGCAGCAAAGUGCUGCGAAGAUCGCGCAACUCGCGACCGCGGAGCGAGGUGGCGCCCAGCCCGCUCUCGCCGCGGCUGCAGAGCCCGACGUCGCCUGUGGCCCCCGGCGCUGCCCUCGCUGUACCUCAGGCGGUGCAGGAGGAAUCGAUGCGCGUCACGUACGCCGACGGCGCAAGCGAGAAGGAGCGCAAGCGCCUGCUCGACGCGGUCAUGCGCGGCGCACCGAGCCCGAAAAAGCAGAGGAUGUAG